ACGCACGCACACACACACACACACACACACACACGCACGCACGCUUGAGUUCAGAUCAGCAGCGUUUACGCAUGGAGCAGCAGGACACCAGGAGGAACUCACAAAUGGCAUCUUAAGUUCAAGGAGUCGUUCCUGAGGAUCAUAAAGGGCUGAGAUGUUUCCGGAGCUCCUUCACAAAGCCAGUGCUCAGCAGGAUGUAACUGGAGAGUUUGGUCUAAUGGAGUGGUUUUGUCGGAGCGCAAGGCACUGAUUCACUCCGAGCGGCGCGCAAAAGCGUUCAAGACAAAAAAAAACACACAAAAAACCCCACAAAAAAACCAGAAAAAGCGCACGGAUUGCGCACCGCCUGUGUUUUGUGUAGUGAGUGUUUAUUGCAGUUAUGCGGACUCGGAGCGGAGUUUUGCGCUUGGUGGCUCUUUUCACCCUCUUUCUUGUGUCAGUUGACGGUUUCCCCAGCAGAAAGCAGAGGAUCAAUGACCCUAAACCCAGAGGGAACACCGCUCUUACGGCUGGAGGUCAGGUUCGCUCUGUAGAUGCUAGACGGACCCUGGAAGACCUUCAGGAGCAGAACCAGCUGAGCAGGAGCAGGUCACCUCCACGCCGACACAAAAGGAGAUGGCCACAGUUUAGAUCGGAGGGAGUUCUGCCCAAACCUGCACCUGAGGAAGAGGAGCCCUUCAUCUUAGACCUGAAGAACUUCCCUGAUCUUGCAAAUGCAGAUCUGGGCUCGCAGAAUCCGAAUAUCCAGGUGACCAUCGAAGUUGUGGACGACCCUCAGAUGGAGGUCGAGAUGGACCUGGCUAAAGAGGACAGGAAUGACUGGCCUCUGAACUCCGAGGAAUGGCUUGGCCACAAGAAACUCUUCUGGCCUCUCUUCUGGGAAUACCACGACUCCAGCGAGGAGAGUGCUGGCCAGGCCAGUCUAGAGGAGAACGGCGAUGACCUGAGCUACGGAGGAGAAGAUUCCCUGCUGAGCGGAGUGGGAGUGGACUGGGACAGCCGAUGGAAGGGCUGGGACUCGAUGGAGAGUUAUGAUUAUGAGGAAGAGGAGUGGAGCGACUGGUCCCCAUGCAGCACCACCUGCGGCCAUGGCACCCAGAAGAGGGUUCGAUCGUGCGGCUACGCCUGCACUGCUACCGAGUCUCGCACGUGUGAACUGCAACGCUGUCCAGAUGACCUGAAUGCCGUGACAGAGCUCAUUCCUCACGAGAUGAUGAAUGGCACUGAUGCCUUCGAUACAGAUGUGGACAGCUGUGAGAAGUGGCUCAACUGCAAGAACGACUUCCUGCAGAAGUAUCUCCAUCAGGUCCUGACUGAAUUACCCAGCUGCCCCUGCGUCUACCCAUCUGAGGUCGUCUACAGCGCCGUAAACAUCUUCGACGAGAAGCUGCGCAAGACCUACAGAUGGCGUGACGCCAGCGGCCCCAAAGAGCGCCUUGAUAUCUACAAGCCGUCUGCGCGGUUCUGCGUGCGCUCCAUGUUGUCGUUCGACAGCACCACACUCGCUGCACAGCACUGCUGCUACGACGAGCACAUGAAGCUGAUCACGAGGGGCAAAGGUGCCGGAGCGCCUAACCUUAUCAGCACUGAGUUCUCUCCGGAGCUCCAUUACAAGGUGGACGUCCUUCCAUGGAUCCUGUGCAAAGGAGACUGGAGCCGCUUCCACUCGGUACGUCCUCCCAACAACGGAUUGCAGUGCACGGAGAACCCUCAGGAGGACGUCUAUAUGAAUGAGCUGGAGGAGGCUCGAGAGUACUGAGAGGCAAAGCUGUCUCGUCUAACAACUAUAGAUAUAUAGUAUUUCGUUGCAAGUUACGACUGGAGUUAUGUAACGUUUCAAAAAACGGCAUCGUACACUGUUUAUAUACACCUCAACUGAUAUAACAGCCGGAACGAAGUACAGUAAUGCAACAAUCUCUAUCUUCCGCACUUUUCCCCAGAGAGCCAGUCGAAGCAAUCAGGGACUCUUUCAAACACCAUCUUCUGGAACAGGUUCACUGUAUUUAUAGGGUUCAUAUCCUCGACCCUCCUUUUCUUGAAAGGAAUUCCAGUCAGGCUGCUAAACUUGAGUCCAAGCAGAAUGCCCGGUUGUUAUCUUAGACUCAGUGCUCAGAGUUGGCGCUCGUCCAACGCAGGCAAGAUCAAUCCAAAUAAAUCAAACACGAGCCUGAGUGCCGUAUGCACGUGGCUUCGAAAUAUUUCACAGCUCUUCCCGAGCUUGCGUGUUUCCCCAGAUGUACUUGGAACCAGCGUCAUACAUAGUUUUCAUCGGGUUUUAGGGACGAUGGCGCUGGAUCAUAGUGAUUCCAGAGAGGUCUGGUUUGUUUCAUAAAAGGGCUGAAGAUGCCGUUGUCAGGAUGAAAUUCUCCUUUUAACAAGAAGUAGGAAUGUGCAAAUAUUAUACACUCAUAUCAAGAUAAAGGUCUAACCUUUUAUCAAGGUUCAUGAUAUUAUCAUACAUCUGCGUUCCCCAAGGUCCUUCAGCUUCCCAAGGUAAAAGAUGCAUGCUGUAGAUACAAAAUACAUAUCCUUAAGGCUCCCACCUCAGUGACAAGUAUUUACACCCUGAAGAGUCCGGUUUAGUCCCUUUUUUUUGAGAAUUGAUUGUAUCCUCCUACACAAACAUGCAUGAAUUUUCUUCAAAUUUGUCUGCAAUUAAGGGUCCUUAGAUCUCCUUAAAUUAUCUUCUAAAAAGGACUGUGUCCAAAAGACAAGUCAGCUGCCUUGAUGUAUUGCUGCCUAUGCAGUCUUCGAAGACUUUGGGCCUACGAAGGUACAAACAAAUGAUUUGAGACACUCCCCAAAGGCAAUAAUCCAUCACAGUGGUACUAACAGCUAGAUAACACCCUCGCUAGAUAAUAGAGCAAAUAUUCAAAUAUGACUACAGAUGUUUCUACUUAGAAAGUUAAAACAGUUCCAAAAAAUAUUUGUCUAUGCUGAGGUUCUUCAAUGCUUUUUUUUGGUUACUGUAGUGGAUUAGAUGCAUGAGAUUAUGGGAUAUAUAGGACAACAAAGAAUACAUAUACAUAAUAUAUACACAGCCACCAAAAUGUUCCAGAUGGGCUUGGCACACGCUCUUCUUCCAAAGGCUUCUUCAAGGGUCUUUGGACAGUUCUAGUUUUCUAAAAGGGUGCUGUUUGAAACCUUGUCUGAAAAUGAAGCUGUCAGAACAGAACUGGCUGUUGUAGAGUUCGACAUACAACCCUUAAGGGUUUAACCUAAGGACCCUUAGAGUGCAGGCAGAAUUAUACACUUCAAGAAAAAAUGAUAAAGCUUUUAAGUAUUCUUCGUUUGGUCCCUCUGAGAGAACCUCUAUCAGACAUUGUUUCAAGUAGAACCCCUUUCUGCGUGGGUACGCAGCAUGUAUUACACGUAAGGUUCCUUAAUUUUUUGGUUUGUAUCACUGGGAGAACCUUUAAAGAUGCUACAGAGAACCCUAUGACAGAGGGUUCCUCUAUCACAGAGGGUUUCAUGUAGAACCUCUUUCUGUACGACCAGGAAGCACAUGUUACAUCUAAGGAUUCUUAAUUCUUCAGUUUGUACCUCUGAAAACCUUUUUAUAGAUUUGAUGGAAUUUUUGGUUCGUCCCACUUGGAGAACCGAUAAAGUUUCUAUAUGGAACCCUGCAACAUGAAGAAGGUUUUCAGCAGGGGGUUCUGAGAGGGUUCCAAAUAGAACCCCUUUCUAAAUGAGUAGGCAGCAUUUGUUACAUCUAAGGAGGCUUAAUUCUUUAGUUUGUCCCUCUGGGAGAAUCUUUAAAGAUUCUAUGACAGGCCCUACUACAGAUGGUUCUCCUAUCAAAGAGGGUUCCAAGUACAAGCCCUUUCUGCCCUAGCAGUCAGCACAAGUUAGAUCUUGAUCACACUGUUUAUCUUGGGAGCACAAAUUCUCACCAAAAAUGUCACCUACCUCAAAAGCCUCCUAAAUGGACAGUAUAUGAUAUAACUAGUUGCAGUGUCUUACCUGAGUAUUCACCACCCGUGAACUUUUUCACAUUUUAUAGUGUUAGAACCUGGAACUGAAAUAGACUCUAUUGGGAUUAUAUGCCAUGAGUUUACACAAAAUAGCCCAUAAUAGAACACCAUCUCCUCAGUGAAGCAUGGUGGUGGAAGCAUCAUGUUGAGAGCUGACCUUGGUCUUUUUACAAACUAUAUUGAUUUUUCUCCUCACUUCAGUUUUAUGGUGUAUUUUGUGGAGAUUCAUGAUGGAAAAGUUCAAGCGAGGUGAACACUUACGCACUGUAUUGGCACCCCACCAAGGAGGAGCUACUAAGUUAGUUAAUACCUGGGACAUUGUUCUCAUUGUAGUGUAGAUCUCUCUCUCUCUUUCUCUUUUAAGGCAGGAGGAACGUUUGGGGAACAAACAGAACAUCUCUUUAAAGAACAAUGAAAGUGUGCUUUGCAAAUCCACCCUGAGUCCAAAAAGUAUCAAAGCCCACUUGUACAUACAGGGAUGUUGUUUUAAGAGCUAAAGCUUCACCUUUCAGUCUGGGUGUUUAUCUUGAUCAGUGUCUUUGUGCGAUGUUGAAAAAGAACACCGAGGGAUUGGGCAACGCAAAGGCGUGUUGACAGGUGAAUCUCGCCCCACUGUAAAAACAUCCACGUUUGGGUGACAUCUUAAUGACUGAAAUGAGACGUGACCCAUCCUGAAAUCCUGGAGCGCACCACUGCCUAUCAUGGCUGGCUUUCUUCCAUCACAUUCUCAUAUUCUUAUAUACUGACAGUCAAAAGAUUUUGAACAUGUGGAGUUUUUUUCCCUUACAUUUUACCCACUAUUGGCAAUUAAAUAAGGGGAAAAAAUAUCUAAAUAUGUUUAUUUAAGGACUUCUUCUUCACUGUGCACUCUCAGAUUCUAAUGGGACUCUAAAUGAACGCUUUAUUAAAGGCGAGAUUUGUCUUAAAGUUGAUAUUACACAGUGUUAGUAUCAGUUGUAAGACAAAUUUGUGUUGAGUGAUCCGGUUAGAUCUAGAUUUUUGUUUUCCAAAAAAAAGGAAGUCACAAACAUUUCUCAGUUCACCUAUUUAUUACUUAGAUUUUCUAAUUCUAUAGUAUUUAUCUUGAAUGUUAAUAGAGGGUGUCCAAAAACUUUUGACUGGCAGUGUAUGUCCAAGAUUGAUUUUUUUUAGCGCCUGCAUGCAAUACACUCUGGUUUCUAAUAGCUAUCUAUAAGCAGACGUCACAUGAUGUGUUUGUGAUUUACUUUUUUUUUGAAUUUUAAGCAGUGAGAAUUUAAUUAUAACUUAAAAACACAAGCUGUGUGAAAUAAAGGAUCAGUGCACAAAGGCUUAUUAAGUAUAUUAAUAACCUUCCUGGAUGUCAGUGAUGUCUCAACUUGUGUCAGUAAGCAUCUUUAACGUCUUUAACAUGAGCACCCGUAAAUGAACUGGAUCUCCUGUUGAGUUAGCUUCACAUUCCAGCGUACAGGAUCUCAUACGGUGCAGCUGUGACGGAGCUUUAAUCUCUGCGUAGGAGCAUCCCGCACGCUCUGUUAUGGCAUGUCCGCAUCACGUUUCAGCGCCCUGGAAUCCACGAGCCGUGUGGUAUGCGCACAGGGCAGGAGGUGUGCGUGCGGCCACUGGGAAACGGCAAGAGCGGGGACACGGGGCACUCGCGCUUGGCCUUGGUUUCUGGAUUUCUCUGAAGCCGUGCCAGGCUUUUAUGCUCCUGUUUCAUUUUAGCACCGGCCCUUGAUCCGAGUUGGUUUUCAAAGCGUCCUGUUAAAAUAGACGCUCCAUAUUGUCAUCAGUCUAAAGCUCAGCAAAAUGGAGAGAGAUUACAGGUGAAUGAAAAAGAAAUACGAUGAUCUACAACUGACAAAUAAAAUGGACAGACUCUAAAUUUGGUGAAAGUUUACGUUUUUAUGGUCUUUCAGGAAAUUUUGACUGAUUGAAGAUUGUGUCACUUUUAAGAAACGUCUGAAAGAAAGGCACUUUAUUUUAAAAAAAAAAAAAUAAGUGGAUAUAUAUCUUUGUAUAUAUUAUCAUUAUAUUGAAUAAUAUCUGCAAUGUACAAUUUAGAUUUUACAUUCUUGUGUCAUUAUUGUAAAAGGGAUAAAUUACACCUCCUAUGCUGCAUUCUUAAAGGAUUUUGUACGUGAUGUAAAAUAUCGGGCAUGUUACGUCAUGUCAUGUCAUGUCAGGUCAUGUCUAUUGUUAUUAGAUUUAUUAUUGUACAGUAUUUAUUGUUGUCCAGGAUCCAUAAGAUGCACUAUAUAAGAAGCUGAGUGAAUCCCCCCAUUUUUUUGGUUGGAUGUUUUGUGAAAAAGGGAAUGUGUUCGUGCCACGCCACACACCACACUACUUCAGUUAUAUGCAUUUUUUUACCACCUCUGUCCAAAAUAUAAUAAAUUUAACAUUGACAGUUAA